CCCUCUCUCUCUCUCUCUCUCCUAGGUCUCCGUCUCGCCGUCCGAUCUCGACCCCACCUUCCAUCUCAACCGUCCAAUCCUCCCAAGAUGCGUGAGAUCCUGCACAUCCAAGGUGGCCAGUGCGGCAACCAGAUCGGAGCCAAGUUCUGGGAAGUCGUCUGCGCCGAGCACGGCAUUGACCCGACCGGACGCUACCAGGGCGACUCGGAUCUGCAGCUCGAGCGCGUCAAUGUCUACUACAACGAGGCCAGCUGCGGCCGCUUCGUCCCUCGGGCCGUUCUCAUGGAUCUGGAACCCGGUACGAUGGACAGCGUUCGAUCGGGUCCCUAUGGCCAGAUCUUCAGACCCGAUAACUUUGUCUUCGGGCAGUCCGGCGCAGGGAACAACUGGGCGAAAGGGCACUACACCGAAGGUGCCGAACUAAUCGAUUCGGUUCUUGAUGUGGUGAGGAAAGAGGCCGAGAACUGCGAUUGCUUGCAAGGAUUCCAGGUGUGUCAUUCAUUGGGAGGUGGAACGGGUUCUGGCAUGGGUACUUUGUUGAUAUCAAAGAUAAGGGAAGAGUACCCAGAUCGGAUGAUGCUUACAUUCUCAGUCUUUCCUUCGCCAAAGGUGUCUGAUACAGUCGUUGAGCCCUACAAUGCGACGCUCUCUGUGCACCAGCUAGUGGAGAAUGCAGAUGAGUGCAUGGUUUUGGACAAUGAGGCCCUCUACGACAUCUGCUUCCGUACCCUCAAGCUCACCACUCCUAGUUUUGGAGACUUGAACCACUUGAUCUCGGCGACCAUGAGUGGCGUGACGUGCUGCCUCCGCUUCCCAGGACAGCUCAAUUCUGACCUCCGCAAGCUUGCUGUCAACCUCAUCCCCUUCCCCCGUCUCCACUUCUUCAUGGUUGGGUUUGCCCCACUCACCUCCCGUGGGUCCCAGCAGUACCGGGCCCUCACUGUCCCAGAGCUAACCCAGCAAAUGUGGGACGCCAAGAACAUGAUGUGUGCAGCAGACCCACGCCACGGCCGCUACUUGACGGCCUCAGCCAUGUUCCGGGGGAAGAUGAGCACAAAGGAAGUGGAUGAGCAAAUGAUCAAUGUGCAGAACAAGAACUCGUCCUACUUUGUGGAGUGGAUCCCCAACAACGUGAAGUCGACGGUCUGUGACAUACCACCAACAGGGCUGAAGAUGGCAGCCACAUUCAUUGGGAACUCGACAUCGAUACAGGAGAUGUUCCACAGGGUUAGUGAGCAGUUCACAGCCAUGUUCCGGAGGAAGGCCUUCUUGCACUGGUACACUGGAGAAGGAAUGGACGAGAUGGAGUUUACAGAGGCAGAGAGCAACAUGAACGAUCUAGUGUCGGAGUACCAGCAAUACCAGGAUGCUACUGCCGACGAGGAUGAGUAUGAUGAGGAGGAAGAGGAAGCGCAGGAAGCUCUAUGAAGAUCGGAAGAGAAUGGUUUGCUGCUAUAGAUAGAAUAGGUAUGAAGACUGGAUUACUGCUUACUUACACAAGCUUGCCUGUUUUGUUUUUGAUUUUUAGGGGUGUUCUCUUUUUUUCUUUUUUCUUUUUGCUGUGGUGACUGAGGGCUUGCUUGCAAUAUCCUGUUGCUUGUUUGUUUUCCCUGGUUUGUUGUGGUGAUGGAAUGUAGUUGGUUGUUGUCUGGUGUGGGGCCUCUUCUUCUCAAA